GGUUCGUUGACUUUAUUUGUUUAUUUGUCUCAAAGCAACCACGGUAUUAAAACAGAAAAUAGUGGUUUUUAAUGUUUAUUUGUCUAUUUGGUGUUAAUAAACAUCUGUUUACAAUAAAAAUGUGACGCAUGGGUUGAUUUUAUACAAAUACUAUACUUUACUAUACCUCGUUCUGUCGUUCACAACUUCACAGUUUAAUACCAAAAUGUCUUGAUAUAUAAUAACAUUAUGAUCAAGGCUGCAACUGUGAUGCUUUACGGUUAAACUAGUGGCAAUGGCUGCAACUUUAUGGGGACAUUUACACGCAUGGACUUUUAAAAGACAUGCAGAAAAAUGUGGUAAGGGCAAGAUUGUUUAGAACUUUUAAUUUGUAACAGUUGGGAUGCUUUGGGUUCUGAUUUUGGUUUUGGUUUUUAUAGAUGAUCUUGGUGUGCAUAUAUAUCACGAUAAAACUACAGGUAACUGGUUGAGACUUGUAUGACUUUUGUAGCUAGAAACUGACAAUUUGUCAAUUAACAUGGGUAAUUUCUGCCCUGGAUUUGUUACGUACCCAAUGCACCCCGGUGCUAACCUGAGUAUCAGGCCGUACUUUUUAGGGCACAGGCACGCCUGAUCGUGGGCGAAGGGGAGAAAAGUACUGCCUGACACAAAAGUGGCAUUUUGCCUGGUUGUUCAGUCCAGAAUCUGGACUGAGCGCUGAUUGGCCGAUUAGACAAACGAUUUUUAAAUCUGUCAUUUGAUUGGCUGGUGCUAAUUAGAUUAUACUAUUGUUGUUGAUAUAUUUUAUAACGAUCACAAUUCACAACUACAAUUAUAGCCGGCCCACUAAACGGCUGAAUUUAAAUUAAAACUGCAGUAAAGUUAGAAAAUAAUCGCAAAUUAGCGAAAUAUAUUGCAAAUGUAGUUUAUAUUAAAUCGCCAUCAGAUUGCACUAUCGACUGACGUAUAGUUAUAAAGUAUACUUAAUAUAUAUAUAUAUACUUUAUAAUUAUAUGUCACUGUUUGUUGAUAAAUACGGCAAGCGCCAUGUAAAGCUCAUUGUAGUCACUGAAACCUCUGCGGAGGAGAGAGCAAUCGGGUGGCGAUUUAAUAUAAGCUACAUUUGCAAUAUAUUUCGCUAAUUUGUGAUUAUUUUUGUUAAUUUUAUAAGUUCAUUGCAGUUUUAAUUUAAAUUCAGCCGUUUAGUGGGCUGCCUAUGCUAUAAUUAGAUUGUUGUUGUCGUUGUGUGAAAUUUAAAUUUCUCCUGCAACAUUUUGAUUGGAUACUAAAUAUAAACUUUGCUGUGGGUGGAAAGCGAUCAGGUUAAGUUUUGUGUCAGGCUCUAUUUGUAAAAUAGAGCCUGAUACUCAGGUUACCCCGGUGCCCCUGUCAAGUUUUGAAAAAUUUUAUGCGGGAAGGUAAUUUCCUUAGGUUAGCGUCCACGAGGUGCCGGUUGGCGCGCCCAUGGGGGAAAUUUUGAAAUUUGAGUUCACCAGAAAAUUGCCUUUCCGAAGUUUUUUUUCCGCCUUUUUUGAAGCACAAGCCUAUUAAAUGUGUUCAUGCCAUAAAAACAUGAAAUGUUAGCGUCCACGCCGCUCCUCCUUCCCAAAACGGCAAAAAAUAACGCUCCUGUGGCUCAGAUGGGGGGAGGGCUGCUUAUGUCUAUAGUUAAUUUGGUUGACUUAAAAACUCCCUAGACCGCGCUACCCACAGCUGCCUACUUUAUCAAUACAGCCACCUACUCAGAAUAGCCUGAAAGCUCUGUUAUUCUGGACUGAUGUUUAGCUUGUACUUACAAUUUUUUUUCUUUAUAUAAACUUUUCCUCAUCUAAUAUAGGCAGCAAGGAUGACCUAUGCAGUCAAAGCAGACAAAAAUGGGAAGAAAGUAUGCUGCUGUUUAUUAUAAUUUCUCACUUUUUUAUUUGCUAUUAAAAUUCAGCCUUUAAAUCCAGCCUUUAAAUCCAGCCUUUAAUUAAAUUCGACCUUCAAAUUCAACCUUUAAAUUCAGGCUUUAUUAUUAGAUCUUCAGUCACAAACAAAUGAGGCAACUGGAAAAUUUUCUAAAAUUUCUAGGUCGAAAUGUGGCGUGGACAUUGAAAAAUAAGAGACCAGAAAGACUCAAAGAUAAUUUAACUGAAGUUGAGGUUUGAUAAUCUUUAAGUUAAUAAACAUGCAAAUUAUUGGUGUUAAUUCACUCGCUCCUGGAAAAAAGUUUAAUAUGUUGGAAUUUUUCUUUCAAGGAAAUGAUUCAAGCUUCUCAAAUUGUGCAAGUUCUUUGGAGCAGUGCAAGAUUCAUUCAAGUAUGAAUUUCGAUUUGUAGUUUAAUUCAAUCAUUCUUGCUACCAUAGUUUGCAUCUAAGAAGGAACAGUAGAAAUUUGCCUAUAAAGGCAGUUUUCCACUAAGGCGAAAUUUUUCAACCGAAUCGAAAUUUCUAUUGUUCAAAUUCGAAAAUUUCUGUUUAGUUCCAUCUGAGUGCUUGUAAGACAAAAGAAAAUUUGGAUUCAGUCGAAAAAUUUCGCCUAGUGGAGUCUAAUUUUCUCCUUUAUAGGUUAUGUUACACUUGGCCCAUACCAUCUUGGCCCAAUUGUUAACUACUGUUUGACAUAUUUGGAAAGCUAAUAUUUUACAAAAGAUAGCACCAAACCAAUACAGCCAUUCACAGUUGCAUUGGGCGUACAGAUGAAUAAAGUUUCAGAACAUCCAGUUUGACUUAAUUUAAUUAAAGAAUCUAUCGAAGUUUCAAAUUCUCGAUCUGUCCGUUUUGAUUCUAAAUUACUGAUCAUUCAAAUCUCUCUCAAAAUUUGCAAAGAUAGAAUGCAGUCAUGGCUUCUAGCUUGUUUAAUGGUUAGAUUAGUCAGUUUGCGCUAGCAGCGGAGUCGGUCCUUGAACGAUGGGCCGAGUUGACUGUAAAGCAUUUUGCAAUUUUACUAAUUUUAAUAAGUUCUUUACAGAAAUGUACUUUUUUUUGCCUAAAUCAAAAAUUAGUCUAACAUGCAAGUUGUCUAUUGUUCUGCUUAAAUUUUGAUGCAGUUUGGAUUGUUAUAUCUUGUCUCCAUUUAUUCAUGCAAUUCAUCUUAUACUGUAACCCUACAGGUCUUGCAUAAAUCUGAAAUUGCAUUUCAUAAAUGUCGCCUCUAUAUAACAAUGCUUAUCUUUAUUCACUUGGCUCAAAAUGAUGAUGAUAGUUGAGGAUAUAACUUCAUUAUAGUAAAAAGAUUAUUUACUCCAUCGCAGGUUUUGUUAAGUAACUGCACUCUGAUAUCAUUUAUGGUUGCUAAGAAUUCUGGUGACGUGGGAAAGAUAUUCAUAGAUAAAUCCCUGUGUGGCAAACUCACAGACAAAAUUAAUGCAGGUGGGCUCUGUGUGAGGUACAUUUCAUUUUCCUGUUGGGUGGAAGCAAAGAUCAGUCACGAUAAACUAUGUUUUGCUGUAGGUGUCUGGGCUGAAGAUUUCAUGUUGCUGUCAUUUUGUGAUAAGUCGAAAAUCUGUUGUAUCAACUUUGCUCGCAAGCUACCAACAGAUUUCAGGAAGCUUGAGAAAUUAGCAGUGUUAGAACCCAAGGUGCGUCUUUUAGCCAAGGUGACUUCCUUUCUGGGAGCAAUUGUAUUCACCAUUAAGCUGCCAUAACCAUUUUUUCAGAUUAGUUUUAUUGACCUGCCUGGUCAAGUGGGGGGAAGGCUGAAUCGUUGCCUGAGCUUGAACACAAGUAAAGACAUGGUCUCUAUAUGGUGGUCAUUAGCGAGUGAGGAGGCCUGGCCUUGGUCCCCUGUGGCUGGAGAUAGAGCAAGAGCCAAUGUAAUUCUCAUUGGUGUAAAGGGGUAAGAAUUAGUCCCUGCACUGAGAACCAACAAUUUGAAGUUUAGACUAGUGAGAAUCUAUCGCAAAGGACGUGUAUUUCAAGACCACUACCUACACUGAGAACCAACAGUUUGAAGUUUAGACUAGUGAGAAUCUACCACAAAGGACGUGUAUUUCAAGACCACUGCCUACACUGAGAAUCAACUCUGUCACAAAGGGGCGUGUAAUUGGAACUACAGUUUCGGAAAACGUUUUAUGUUAACCAAGAUAAUACAUUUGUUUUAGCGGGAAAUUUGACGUGUUGGCUUAUUUACGUACGGAAUGCGAUCCAAUACACGCCGCAUUCAGGUAAAAUGUGUUCAAUUCAAUCUGCAAAAUACAGUUGUCUGAUUAUAAUCUCACCUCAGUCACAUGUGAGAAGAGUGCUUCCAGUUUGACUCUACCAAAACACCACAAGUUUUCUCCGAGAACUCAGGUUUCCUCCUCUAGUAACACUGGAUCAAUAACAGAUAAUCCUUGCUGGACCUCUAGGAAGAACAGUUUAGAACUGGUAGAGCUAUCCAGUAUAAAUAAAGUUAGUUUAGUUUAGGUUUCCUCCUGUAGUAACACUGGAUCACUAAGAGAUAAUCCUUGCUGGACCUCUAGGGAGAACACUUUAGAACUGAUAGAUUUAUCCAGUAUAAAUAAAGUUAGUUUAGUUUAGUUUAGGUUUCCUCCUGUAGUAACACUGGAUCAAUAAGAGAUGAUCCUUGCUGGACCUCUAGGCAGAACAGUUUAGAACUGAUACAACUAUCCAGUAUAAAUAAAGUUAGUUUAGUUUAGGUUUCCUCCUGUAGUAACACUGGAUCAAUAAGAGAUGAUCCUUGCUGGACCUCUAGGCAGAACAGUUUAGAACUGAUACAACUAUCCAGUAUAAAUAAAUAAAGUUAGUUUAGUUUAGGUUUCCUCCUGUAGUAACACUGGAUCAAUAAGAGAUGAUCCUUGCUGGACCUCUAGGCAGAACAGUUUAGAACUGAUACAACUAUCCAGUAUAAAUAAAGUUAGUUUAGUUUAGGUUUCCUCCUGUAAAAUCUCUGGAUCAAUAAGAGAUGAUCUGACGUCUCUCAAUUUAUUUUUUUCAGUUCUCAAAACCCACAUCACAUUCUUACAAUUGAAUCCACACCAAAGAAUGAAGGAGAUAAUACGAUCGAUAGUUGUGUUUACGAAUUUUACAAAAAUGGUGUAAGGAAACUAGUUAUAAGUUCGUGGAGUCCAACAUAGAUAAAUGAUGGAAAGAUGAAACUCCGUCAGUUGAAUCGUCGAAAUCUUUUUUAUCUUUUCAAAACUGUUCAGAUACAAACCGCUGUAGCUUAUUCUCAGAGGUUUACGUACAAAAAUAGCGGAUUGAUAUGACUGCUCCUUUUAAUUUUAGGUGAACCGAGUUAGUGCAACGUCUAUUUCAUUGCAAGGUAUAAACAUUUUAUCGCAAACUUCCCAACGGUAAAAAGUGGUUUAAUAAAAAUGACAUAAAUUGUCAUUGCAGCUGCCGUUUCGUGUGUGGCUUGGAAUAAAGCAGCGGACAAACUUUUACUGGGCUGUAAAGACAAGAGCUUGGUAAGCUGUUACGCUAUUGGUGGAUCUUGGUAACCGUUACCACCAGAAGAUGCUGGUGAACAUCAGAAAUCUUCACACCUGUAGCAGAUAGCAAAUUCAAUCAACUACAUCUUUCAAUUCUAUUUAUUUGCCACCAAAUACAAGACUACUACAUAUAAUGAAAAGAAUGAACAUCGUUUCCUCACUCUGAUAACUGCAAGUUGACCACCAUCUUCUGCACGAUAGUGCUUAAAAAGACCUCCCAUGACAGUGAAAAAAAAACCUCCCAUGACAUGAUAGAGUAUUUGAAAGCGACUGUUGGUUUUGUUUUCCUAGGUUGUGUACGAUUGUCAUAGACUGGUGACGCAAAGAAGAAAUAUACCUUUUGUAUGUAUUGUUAGUUUAUUCUUUGAACUUUAUAAAUUGAAAUAAUUGCCAAUGUGAACAAGCUGUCCAGGACAGCCGGGUUGGGUCACAGAGGUCUCACGUAAAAUGUCUUAAAUGUCAUGUUUCUAGGUUCCAUCUGAAAUAGCUUGGCAUCCAGUCGGUUCAGUUGUCUUUAUUUUUAGUCUACAAGGCGAUAUCCAGGUACUAGGCAGUUCAUGUUAGUCGUACUACAAUAGUUUGUGGGGAGAAAAAGAACAUUCAUUGGAACAUUGCUUUUUGUAGGUUUUUGAUAUGGCGUUGGCACCAGUUCUCCUCCAACUUGCUGGCGAAGGUCAAAAUGAAUCGCGAAUUUUCCGAAUGUCCGAAUAUUUUAGGUCAGUUUUGAAGGUAACAGUUUAGAACUGAUAGAGCUAUUGGCAUGUGUAAAUAAAGUUCUAGGUUUCCUCCUGUAGUAACACUGGAUCAAUAAGAGAUGAUCCUUACUGGACCUCUAGGAAGAACAGUUUAGAACUGAUAGAGCUAUCCAGUAUAAAUAAAGUUAGCUUAGUUUAGGUUCCCUCCUGUAAUAACACUCGAUCAAUAAGAGAUAGUCCUUGCUGGACCUCUAGGAAGAACGGAAAACAAUUUAGAACUGAUAAAGCUAGCUAUCCAGUAUAAAUAUUCAUGUUUCACUGGCUAUGUGUGAUUUGCCUUUCAGAGAUAUUAAACUGUCCCAUGCAGUAUGGUCAUGUGACAGCCCUCUCAAUUUUGUAAGUGAUGGUGACGUGGCUUGCAGUGAUAAUAUGUUCAUGGUGUUUCAAGAUGGGUAAGGAACAUCGUCAAAUACUCAGUGUUUUGAGAAACCAUGCUAUAAUUGUGAUCAACCACUGUUGAAAAGAACUUGGAGGUGUAAACCAGUCGUCUUGUAUAAUCUUGUUUCCAAUAUAGAGGCUUGCUGUGUAACUUGAGGAUAGAGCUGGGCUCACUCACUCUUGGUCGCAUUGGGCCUCGAGAGGUUAUUGAAGAAUACAUUAAACAUAACCAAGCUGAACAAGCUGUGAAUUUCGUGAACAGUAUCAACUGGAAUGAUGAUGGCAGUUCUUGCUUUGCGUGUCUUUCUGCUGUGAUGAAUUAUUUAUUGAAGUUUCCACUAACUGAUAAGAGGGAAGGUUAGUCUUGUGGUGUUGGCCGUACAGUUGUUAGUUCCUGUGCCUAAUUUCACUUUUCUGACGCGGAUUUAAUUGCUGCAAUAUGUUGUUGUUCCAUUAUAAUUUCACCUUAGUGAGAAGAGCUCUUUCACUCUGCCAAACACUGCAGUUGUUCUCCAGGUGUUUAGGUUUCCUCCUGUAGUUAGAAUGGAUUAGUAAAGAAUGACUCUUACUGGAUCUCUUUCGGGAACAAGUUAGAACUGAUAGAGCUAUCCAGUAUAAAUAAAGUUAGUUUAGGUUUCCUCCUGUAGUAACAAUAAGAGAUGAUCCUUACUGGACCUCAAGGGAGAACAGUUUAGAACUGAUAUAAUAAAGCUAUCCAGUACAAAUAAGGUUAGUUUCUUACUUAUCUAGGUUUACUGGAAGAAACUUUGGGCUGUUUCUACACACCUUCCAGGCCGAUCAACGAUGUAGUUGUUCUCCAGUAUCGUGAACCAUUAAGUCGGUGGUCGAGAAGAUUUUUCUACCAUCUACUGAGGUAACCCUCAAUCAUUUUGAGCCCUUCAUUUACUUAGGAGAAUAUUAGGUUGUCAUGGUUGACAGCACCUUAGUUUUCUUACAUCGUUGUUACAACUUGAAUAGUUACUUGAAAAUACUCAGGUCUUCCCUUUCGUUGCUCCUAAUGUUCGUAUCGUUCUAGGUAUAAAAAGUUUCAGAAAGCGUUCAUGCUUGCGGUUGAUAUUGGGGCUGCUGACUUAUUUAUGGUAACUAUGUUGUUUCUGGCGAUGGUGCUGAUGGUGAUUAAGUGAUCAUGAUUGUGGUGAUGAUGAUGAUGAUGAUGGUGAUGAUGAUGAUGUUGAUGAUGAUGAUGAUGAUGGUGGUGAUGAUGAUGGUGGUGAUGAUGAUGAUAAUGGUUGACGCUGUCAUUGUGGCUGUUCAUUGGUAUUCUUGUCAUAAAUUAUAAUCAUAUUCUUCAAUUAUUGUUAUUCUAGGAUAUUCAUUUUGUAGCGCUGGACGCAGGAAAUAUUGCACUAGCGGAGAACGCGAAAAAUAAAGCGUUAGAAAUUGACAGUGAGCUUCUGUCAACUGGUAAGUUUGUAGUGAUAAUAAUUUUAUCUCGGUCCUAUGCAAGAAGAAUGCUUCCAGUUUGACUCUACCAACCAUCUCAUGUUUCCUCUUGGUACUCUGGUUUCCUUCUGUGGUAACACUGGAUAAAAAAAUACAACAAAAAACAUCAUUUACCUGGAACAGUUUAAAACUGAUAUAUCCAGUAUAAAUAAAGUUUUUAGCCUAGUCAAUUCUGAGAGUGCGGGGAAGGCUUCACUCUAAACAUUUCAAGAGAAAUAUUUCGUUUUGUAGAAACAGACAGUUCUUCGGGUGUCGAAGAUGAUGAUUGUAUCUCAAUUGAAGAAGAGAAUAACAGAGUUGAAAAUGGUUCUUUGAACAGGGCAGGAUUGAAUAUUCUGGCUAACCAGUACGAAGCCGGAAAUAACACGCAAGAUUUUGUAGAACAGAAUGCAAUCACUGGUCAAAGUGAAGUUGCCGAAGUGAAUGGCGAAGCAGAGUUACCAGAAAACCAACAAAACAGCGCCAUGGUUUUGCCUCUAAAUACGAACAUCACACAAGAUCCUGACGUCUGGGCCCUUGCGAAUAUUCUGGCUAACCAGUAUGAAGAUGGAAAUAACACGCAAGAUUUUGUAGAACAGAAUGCAACCACUGGUCAAAGUGAAGUUGCCGAAGUGAAUGGCGAAGCAGAGUUACCAGAAAACCACCCAAACAGCACUACGCUUUUGCCUCUAAAUACGAACAUCACACAAAAUCCUGACGUCUGGGCCCGUGCGAAUAAUAUUGGUUAGUGUAUACUGACCCGUUUAAAGGACGAUUUGCACUACACAAUGUUUGCCUAAACCUAGCUAGCUGUUACAAUAAGAUCAACUAAGAAGAGUUAUCAACCACAAUGCGUUUUGACCCGUCUCUAGUAGACAGAACCAUUGCUCACUUUAUAUAAUCAUAAUAUUUUCUUUUCUAGAAUUGGAAACAACAGAAAACGAUGGAGAAGAAGUAAUAUAUCUUUAAUUUUUCCAGCAGUAGAUUCUUCUUAAACUCACAAAGUAAGAUCAAUUAACGCAAGUCCUAAAGCAUUCCAACUGAGCUGAGAUGACGGAAUUGAAAGUGCUUACAAUUAGCAAUGUAAAUAUCAUUAAAAUCCUCUAUUUAUUCGUUCUUAAAAGAUGGCAAUGUUUUGACUAAUGUCUUUAAUCAUUUCUGCAGUCAAUUCUUUCACUGCUGAAGUAUCACUCGUUUCAGAGCCACAUGAUAUUUCCGACAUUUCAUUCAGAUCAUUUUCAAAUUCAUUUUCAGAACUAUCAUCCCCUUCUUCUUCUGCUAUUCCUUGCUCACAUUGUUCUAUGGAGGUCCCGUCGUCGAAAUUUGUUUCCACUUCCAUGGCCUCAUCAUUCAUUUGAUUCAACGUUUGAUUCUGCAACGGUUCUUCGCCGAUAAAUGCUCCAAAUUUAUAAUUAUGGGCGAAAGAUGGCGGGCAUUGUUUCCAGACGGAGCUGUCUUCAUCUGACUCAGUUAAACUUGCCUCUACUUUUUUAGCAACGAGUGGAAAAUGUUGUUGUAGAGUUUCCAAAUCUGUAUUUUCGUUGUCUGUCAAUUUAGUUAAGCUUUUGUCAUUGUUCAAAGUAAUUUUAAUGGCGGAAAACUUAUAAAGUUUGGCCUUCAUGCUUUCUGAAGUUUCAAGGUUAUCAAUGAUUAAUUGCAGAAAACGUUGGCUGUUUGCAGAGGGGUUUUGUAGGCAGACCUCUAACAAGGCUAAAUAGUCGAGUUCUACCUUAAGUUUCCAUUGUUUUUUCUCAAUAUUCUUUUUACUGCAGUUGCAAAGAAUAUAAUAAACCAAACAGGAAUGGUAAUGGGCCAGUAGUUUAUUUCUGAAGUUUUGUUCAAGUUUGUGAGCUCUCCUAACAAGGAAUGAAACAAAAUUUGAUAAGAACUGCUCAUUUGUUUUGUGCAAUGCUUUGAGAAGCGGGCUCAGCCACUGCCGAAGAUCUUUUGGUAACUCGAACAAAAUUUCUCUUGUUUUAAUUGCGGCAGAUUUAGGAAAUAUUCCUUGAAGGGUUUCAGUGGAAGGGAACAGCAAUCCUUGUUCUCCAAAUGACAAGUCCAGCAAUGAUUGCCUGGAAAAUGUAAUAAUUGAAAUAUUUCAGAUCAAAUGAGAGUUGUUGAUUGGGUCUUUUCAGGUGGUCGGUUGGCCAAAAACUUCAUGUACACAACAAAAAACUCCCAGCCUGUAACAACAAUAUUUUGUUGCCCAUAUUGUUCCUGGUUG